CCAGGGUGGGAGGAGAUUGGCAAGGGGCAGCUCACUGCAGAAACAUUCCAUCAGGACAGGAUGCUGCAGAGCCUGAUGCGGAAUAUCAGGCCUCAGUGAGGGUUCAGCUGUGGUUUUAUCAGAUGGUCAGGAGGAUUCUGAAAGGCCGGCUUGCUUUGCUUAAUGCUCAAUUACACACAAGCAUGUAUGGAGAAUAAACUGAGAGACUGAAAUGUCUUAAAGCUUUUUUUCUUCGUUUUCCACCUUAUGACCUAUCUGGGAGCAUAAUUACCACUUGUUACCUUUAUCUUUGAUAGAAUCUGAUUAAGCUGGCUCAAACUGCAGCCUUACUCGACAAUGAUUGCCUUAUUUUUAUGAGAAACAGCAAUAAUGAGAAGCAACGUAAUUAGCAUGCUAACAUUCCUAAGUUGGUGGUGGGGGGGCGUCCCUGAGUGUGGCAAAUGGUUAAGUGCUUGACUACUGGGCAAUUCGAACCCACCCAGAGGCGCCUCAGAAGACAGGCGUGGCACUCUGCUUCCAAAAGGUCACAGCUCUGAAAAUCCUAUGGAGAAGUUCUACUUUGCACACAGCAACAACAUUGUUAGGUACAAAAAAUAAGAAAAAAGAGGAAAGUUGAAACCUGGAGUAAACAAUGAAGAGGUUUCCUGAAAACGGCUACAUAUUUUUAGUCAUAGUGUCGUACUUUAUUUGAAGGUCAAUUUUUUCUUUUAGACAUAGUUCUGAUAUAAGUGGUUUCAAUUUCUCCAUAGCCGUAGCCCCUUUUGUGUUGGAUCCCGCUUGACUACUGUACUUCCUCUAUAGUAUAAAUCACUUGAUUCAGCAGUUGUUGCCUGACUUGACCCCUCUGACAAUAUCUGGCAAUUUGGCUUACUCCUUGGAACUCUCUCCACCAUAUAACACAAGUUUUAUGCAUCUCUUGUUUGAUUUCCAUUUAUCUCCUUGUUAAGAGCCUUUUUUCUUAAACCACAAUCAACACAAAACAAAGCAAAUAACAACAACAAAACACACAGGACACAAACUAGUAUAGCCAAAAAAAGAGAUAUUUUCUUUCUGAAUCUCCGUCUCCAGCACUCCUGAACAUUUCUCCUGUAUUUCUUAAUGUUUUCUUUAUUUGCACUUUUUUUUCUCUCCUGCAGCUUUGUCUUUAUUAAGCUAGCAGUUUUAAUGAGUGCGUCAUUGAAUUUUACCUCCAACUAUUUACUUACUUAUCCUCCUUUUUUUUUUUUUUAAAUAGAAAAUAGGCUUAAAGACUUGAGUGAAAUGUCGAAUGUCAGGUAGCUAGCCAGUGGCAGAACUGGGAUUAGAAAUCAGGUCUGCUUUACUUCAAGGCCAAAAUGUGUAUUCCUUUUUUGUAUCUCAAUUCAUUCUUGCAUUGCCUUCAUUUAUAAAAGGUUAUGGUACAGUAACAGAGUUAGGGAAAAUGUAUCCCAGAACACACAGCACUGGCUGAGUUAUGAAUGGCAGAGCCAUGGUUGAAUCUGCAAUGGUGUUUUGGAGCUUGGGCUCUCUUAAGGAGCAGUAAAGAUGUUAUCCAGUUAACAUGUGGGGACAAUGCAUAAAAUAAUAUUAUUAGUAUAGAUAUAUAGCAGUAGUGUUAUUUCUGAGGCUUGAAAACGUGGACAAAUUAGUUCCUCCCCCAUUAAUGACAUCAGCCCAAAGCACAAAAUCUGGCUGCCCCAAUACCUGCGUAUAUAGAUUUGGUUCUCCUAGCUAACUGUUACAGAACAUCACUGCCAGGUCUUACAUCUUUCUAAUCUAAAAACAAUUAUGGCCCUUGUUAUAAAUGAGUCAGGCAACCAGAACUGUACAACUAUAAGGUGCCAGUAUUGCUUAGGGAGUGGAUUAGAAUAGAAAGAGACUUGACAUUUGAGUUUCUAAAAUCAUUGUGCAAUCCCUUCUUUCUGGAUAAGACUCGAACUUGGCAUUUCUGAUUCCCAUGCCUGGUGAUGUGCCAUGUGCCAUGGAUUUCUAUUGUCUACUUUGAAGCAGUUUCUGUUUUGAUCUGUCACCUGAUUCAUCUUUGGGUCCUUGGCUAUGAGAAAGAAGUAGGAGGGGGAAUGUGUCCUUAGAAUUGUUUUAAAAAAACCCAUUUGUUUUUGCAAUCUGCUAAUAAAGAGGUUAGGAAUCCAAAUCUUUUAGUCGCAAGAUAAAGGAAGUUGCAAGUUAAAGGAAGAGUCAGGCAGAUGGUGGAUUUUUUUACUUCUGUAGUAGAUACUCACUUUUAAAAUAGAAGUAAAUUAUUCUUUACCGUAAGGGAAGGUAGAAAAGUGUGCAUUUUCUUGUAUCUCAUAUAGCCUAAAAAAUAUUUUAUCAAGGACUCUUUGGGCUAUAGGAAUUAAUGCCCAGAAGUUAGAAAAUAAGUGGUUAAUCGUAAUUAAAGGAAAUAUUUUCACUCACUUCCUCAUCCAUAAAAAGGUCACGUUUGAAGUGUUAUUGAAGAAGCUAUAUCAAUAACUAUAUAUAAAACUUACUGAAAAAACAUAGCUCUAAGAAGAAAACAACUGUAAUGCUAUGUAAAGAACUGGCAGGAUUUAAUAUAAUACAGUUUGACUGGACAUAGCCCUAAAUAAGAGAAAAACAAGUUGAAAUGAGGUAAAAGAAAGAAAUAUAGUAUAAGAUAUAAUGGUCAUAAAGAAUCAAUCUAGUGAUGCAGGGAGAUAAAAACUAGGAAACAAAAGUAAGCCAAAAAUCAAUGGAGUAAGAUUCAAACUAGCGGUACUAAGUUAAACUGAGGAAAUAGAUUUUCUAUGCCCACCAAAUAUUUAAGAGCCAGUGGGGUAGCCUGUAAGAGACCUUAAAGAGCCUCAAGACUUAUUUUACUGUGGUUCUCUUUGCAAUCACUUUUUAAAAAUAUUUAUCCAGAAAUUUAGGCCAUGCUGGGGAGUAGUAUGAUACCAAAUUCCAGAAGUAAAAUGACUUCUUCUGCUUAAACACCAGCCAUUUCAGGUCAUUCCACCUCCUCCCUUGCAGACAAGGUAACACCCUGGACAUGGCCUCAGAGAUCCACAUGCCAGGCCCAAUGUGCCUCAUUGAGAACAUUAAUGAGCAACUGAUGAUUAACCAGGAAGCUCUGAAGAUCCUGUCUGCCAUUACUCAGCCUGUAGUGGUGGUGGCUAUCGUGGGCCUCUACCGCACAGGCAAAUCCUACCUGAUGAACAAGCUGGCUGGCAAGAAACACGGGUUCUCUGUUGGAUCUACAGUGCAGUCUCACACCAAGGGUAUCUGGAUGUGGUGUAUGCCUCACCCGGAGAAGUCAAAUCUCACACUAGUGCUGCUUGACACUGAGGGCCUAGGUGACGUAGAGAAGGUAAGGAAGGAGGAUUUGGUUUUGAUUAACCUCCUCAUCUCUGAACAUUCUUUUACACAGGUUGAUAAGAAGAAUGAUACCCAGGUCUUUGCUCUGGCAAUGCUACUGAGCAGCAUCUUUGUAUACAAUACCAUGAACAAAAUCGACCAGGAAGCUAUCGACCUACUGCACAAAGUGACAGAACUGACAAAUCUGCUCAGGGAAAGAUCCUCAUCUGAUCUUGACGAGGUUGCAGAUUCAGCUGACUUUGUGAGCUCCUUCCCCGACUUAGUGUGGACUCUGAGAGAUUUCUUCCUUGAGCUGGAAAUCGAUGAGCAAGUCAUCACAGCAGAUGAAUACCUAGAGAAUUCACUAAGACCGAAGCAAGGCACUGAUCAAACAGUUCAGAAUUUCAACUUGCCCCGCCUAUGUAUACAAAAGUUCUUUCCAAUGAAGAAAUGCUUUAUCUUUGAGUUGCCUAGUCAUCAGAAGAAGCUUGCCCAACUUGAGACUCUACGUGAUGAUGAACUGGAUCCUGAAUUUGUGCAACAAGUUGCAGAAUUCUGUUCCUACAUCUUCAGCCAUUCUAAAAUAAAGGCUCUCCCAGGAGACAUCAAGGUCAAUGGACCUCGUCUAGAGAGUCUGAUGUUGACCUACGUCAAUGCCAUCAACAGUGGUGAUCUGCCCUGCAUGGAGAACGCAGUCCUGGCCUUGGCCCAGAUCGAGAACUCAGCUGCAGUGCAAAAGGCCAUUGCCCACUAUGAUCAGCAGAUGGGCCAGAAGGUGCAGCUGCCCACAGAAACACUCCAGGAGUUGCUGGACCUGCACAGGGCCACUGAGAGAGAGGCCAUCGAGGUCUUCAUGAAGAGCUCCUUCAAGGAUGUGGACCAAAAGUUCCAGAAGGAUUUGGUGACCCAGCUAGAAGCAAAACAGGAAGACUUUUGUAAGCAGAAUCUGCAAGCAUCAUGGGAUCGUUGCUCAGCUUUACUGCAGGGUAUUUUCGGUCCUCUAGAAGAAGAAGUGAAUCAAGGGAUUUAUUCUAAACCCGGGGGGUAUCGUCUCUACAUUCAGAAGAUGGAAAGGCUGAAGAAAAAUUACUAUCAGGAGCCCAGGAAGGGAAUACAGGCUGAGGAAACUCUGCAGAAGUAUUUAAUGUCCAAGGAGUCUGUGAGUGAUGCAAUUCUACAGACAGACCUGAUUCUCACAGCAAAGGAAAAGGAGUUGGAAGAGGCACGCAUGAAAGCAGAGGCUGCACAGGCUGAAGCACAAAAGUUGGAGGAGAUUCGAAGGCAGAAUCAGCUAAUGAUGGAGCAAAGGGAGAGACUCCAUCAGGAGCAAGUGAGACAGAUGGAGAGGGACAGAGCAAACUGGCUGGCAGAGCAACAGAGGGCCCAGGAGCGUAAAAUCCAGGAAGAAGCCAAAAGGCUCGAAGAAAGAUUAAAAGCUGAAAACAGAAGGCUUCAAAAAACAUUACGGCGUCUUUUUAGGUAAUACAUGUGUCUUACUGUAAAGAGCUAAACAUCAGAGCUUCCUUUUAUUGCUCACUCUCACUGAGGGCACGACUGGCCCAAGCAACUACAGAACUUAAGACAAUUACCAUUUACGUAAACUUUAUAAUUGUUAUGAACAUAUCUGCCAAAAGAAUGAACAAAUCUGUCUUGGAAGAAACACCGUCAGAAUGCUCCUUAGAAGCAAGGAUGGUGAGACUAUGUCUCAAAUACUUUGGACAUGUUAUCAGGAGGAAUCAGUCCCUGGAGAUGGACAUCAUGAUUGGUAAAGUAGAGGGUCAGUGAAAAAUGGGAAGACCCUCAACAAGAUGGAUUGACACAGUGGUUGCAACAACGGUUGUGAGGAUAGUGCAGGACUGGGCAGUGUUUCAUUCUGUUGUCCGUAGGGUCGCUAUGAGUUGGAACCAACUUGACGACACCUAACAACAACAAACCAAAAAACCCAUUGCCAUUGAGUCAAUUCUGACUCAGCGACCCUACAGGACAGAGUAGAACUGCCCCAUAGAGUUUCCAAGGAGUGCUUGGUGAAUUUGAACUACCGACCUUUUGGUUAGCAGCCAUAGCUGUUACCCACUACACCACCAGGGUUUCCUAACAACACCACCAUAAUUAUUAUAUUAAGCAUUUGUUUAAAGUUAUGGUGCUAGUAAUUGGUAACAUGUGCAUCCUAAUAGUCCAAUAAUUAAAAAGAUGCUUACUUCCUUAAGGAGAUUAUAAAUUGUAUAAUAGAAAACAUUUUACCACUACCUCAAUUUUGGGGUGAUAUGUUUAUGUAGCAUAUUCCAAGAGAGAGAGCUUUCUCUUCCACCCAAAUGCCGCCAGUCUAGUUUUCCACUUCUGUCUCAAAAGAUAGCAAGUGACCUGUGGGUAUUAUCCACAUGACUAAGUCAAAUGGAAGUUGACCAAAAUCUUAGGCUUAGUUGGACAUCACUCCUGUCAGGUGGUCAUGUGCUAGUUGCCAGCAGAUGGAGGCGCCAAUGGUAAAGACAACUAACCUAGCUCCCUAGUUGAGACAAUAUACAGUUCUCAACUAGGUGGCAGUUUUUCAGUCUAUAGUCAGCAGCAUGACACCUGGGCACUGUCAACAGACAGUUUGCAUGGACCAAGAUGAAAGCAAAUAACCUCAUAAAAUCUAGAUCCUCCAGAACAUGGAAGGUGCUAUCAGCAUGGAGUUGAGGAUGUAUCAUAGGCUGAAGGACUAAAGAAGAAACCUUCUCUUUCUUGUUCACCUUCACCCAAGACAUAACUUAAAUAGUACAUUGUAGAACUUGAAACAGUUGACACUGGACUAUAUAAUUGUGUUGCAUGUUUAUGGUUCUUAUAGCUUGUAAAUAUAUGGUAUAAGUGAUGUUAGAUGCAGUGUCAAAAAUCUGAUGGGGCUAAUGUAAUUUUAUACUUCUUUAUAGUUUUAAAGUUAAUGAUCUCAGUUCUUUGCAGUCAUGUUUGAAACUCUGCUGGUGUUUCCUAAAAACAUUAUGGAUUGAAUAAAAGUAUUUAUUUGUACAUAUUUAAUCCGUAAACUUCCAUUAAAAUUUUUUGAAAGCCCGAACUCUCCUUUUUACUUAAUUUUUUCCUCAAUUUUUAAAAACCAAUAGGGAAACCAUUUGAGUUUCCAUAAAAAGGUUAAGAAUUACACUAAGGCAGGAAAUAAAGCAAAAAUGUUUUAUUAGACCCUUAAUAUUUUUGUUUGUUUGUUUACUCCUGUAAAGUAAGGUUUUAAAAUUAUAGAAACAUUACCAAAUUUGCAUUUUGCCUCCCUCGUAAUUGCUUAACUGUCCAAGGAAUCCUCAGAUUGGGUUAUAUUGAGGAUCUUGAAAUUUUUUAGCUGCUCAAAAUAUGAUUUACUUAUUUGCAGAAAAAAAGCAUAUCUAUUUUAGUGUCCCUAAUUGAAACAAUUAUCACUGACUGUGCCAUUAGAAAAGUCCCAAGUUCAGAAUAUUUAUGACUUCUUGCAAAAUCUAAAAAUUCAAAUACUACCUACCUACUGCUUGCUGUCAAGUCAAUUCCAAUAUUAAAAUAGAUCUAAGAUAUUUGAGAAAAUAGAAAAAUGGUAAUACCUCUCAAAUAAUUUUGAGGCUAAUAUUACCAUAAUUUUAAAACUGAUUAGAGCAAGUAAAAGAAAAGAAAAUCAUAGAUCAUCUCAUUUAUGAACAUAUUUCUUUACUUAUUAAUUCAAUAAAUGUGUGUUAAAACUAUUGCCAUUGAGUUGAUUCUGAUUCAUAGAUACUCUACAGGACAGAGUAGAACUGUUCCAUAGGCUUUCCAAGGAGCAGAUGGUGGUAUGAACUGCCAACCUUUCAGUUAGAAUCUGUGCAUUUAACCACUGUGCUACCAGGGUUCCAAAUGUGUAUCAGGUACCUAUUAUGUUCUAAAAAAAAAAACAUGUUUAAUUACCAGAGAAACUGGUGAAAAUGUAUACAGAGUUUUUAGCCCCUUGAACUUAAUUCUCUUGUAGAGAAAGUCAAUAUACACAUUUUAAAAUAGGUAUAAUAAGCCAUAGGUGCAAAAUCCUAAAUAAAAUAUAAAUAACCAAAUAUAACUCUGUAUUAAAAAUAUCACAAACAGACUUUAAAACUGGAAUGAAGGUAUGAUUUAUCAACAGAAAAUGUAAAAAUAACCUUUAAUCAUGUUUAUUGUUAACUUUUAUAUUAUAUGUAAUUUUUCCCCUUUUUUUACUGUGCUUUAAGUGAAAGUUUACGAAUCAAGUCAGUCUGUCAUACAAAAACUCAUACACACACUGCUACUCCUAGUUGCUCUCCCUGCAAUGAGACAGCACACUCCUCCUCUCCACCUUGCAUUCCCUGUGUCCAUUCAGCCCGCUCCUGUCCCCUCUGCCUUCCCAUCCCAACUCCAGACAGGAGCUGCCCACACAGUCUCAUGCAUCCACCUGAGCCAAGAAACCCACUUCUCACCAGUAUCAUUUCCUGUCCCACAGUCCAGUCCAAUCCCCGUCAGAAGAGUUGGCUUUGGGAAUGGUUCCAGUCUUGGGCUAACAGAAGGUCCGGGGACUGUGACCUCUGGGGUCUCUCCAGUAUCAGUCAGACCAUUAAGUCUGGUCUUUUCAUGAGAAUUUGGGACCUGCAUCCAUGGCUCUCCUGCUCCCUCAGGGGUUCUCUGUUGUGUUCCCUGUCAGGGCAGUCACUGGUUGUAGCUGGGCACCAUCUAGUUUUUCUGGUCUCAGGCUGAUGGAGUCUCUGGUUUAUGUGGCCCUUUCUGUCUCUUGGGCUCAUAAUUACCUUGGGUCUUUGGUGUUCUUCAUUCUCCUUUGCUACAGGUGGGUUGAGACUAAUGAUGCAUCUUAGAUGGCUGCUUGCUAGCGUUUAAGACCCCAGACGCCACUCACCAAAGUGGGAUGAAGAAUAUUAAUAUACUUGUUAUGCCAAUUGACCUAGAUGUCCCCUGAAACCAUGGUCCCCAGACCCCCGCCCCUGCUACUCCGGCCUUCGAAGCAUUCAGUUGUAUUCAGGAAACUGCUUUUGGUUUAGUUCAGUUGUGCUGACCUCUUCGGUAUUAUGUGCUGUCUUUCCCUUCACCUAAAAUACUUCUUGUCUACUAUCUAGUGAAUACCUCUCUGCCUCCCUCCCCACCCUGUAAAUAUCAGAGAAUAUUUUCUUCAGUGUUUAAACUAUUUCUUGAGUUCUUAAAAUUUAGAGGUCUCUUACAAUAUUUGUCCUUUUGCAACUGACUAAUUUCACUCAGCAUAAUGCCUUCCAGGUUCCUCCAUGGUAUGAAAUGUUUCACGGAUUCAUCAAUGUUCUUUAUCAUUGUGUAGUAUUCCAUUGUGUGAAUAUGUCAUAAUUUAUUUAUCCAUUCAUUCAUUGAUGGGCACCUUGGUUGCUUCCAUUUUUUGCUGUUGUAAACUGUGCUGCAAUGAACAUGGGUGUGCAUAUAUCUGUUUGUGUGAAAGCUCUUAUUUCUCUAGGAUAUAUUCUAAGAAGUGGAAUUGCUGAAUUGUAUGGUAGUUUUUCUAUUUCUAGCUUUUUAAGAAAAAAAAAUUUUUUUUUUUUUUAAGGAAGCACCAAAUUGAUUUCCAAAGUGGUUGUACCAUUUUACAUUCCUACCAGCAGUGUAUAAGUGUUCCAGUCUCUCCACAACCUCUCCAACAUUUAUUAUUUUGUGUUUUUGGAUUAAGGACAGCCUUGUUGGAAUGAGACCGUAUCUCAUUGUAGUUUUGAUUUGUAUUUCUCUAAUGGCUGAUGAUCGAGAGCAUUUCCUUAUGUAUUUGUUAGCUAAAAGAAUGUCUUCAAUGGUGAAGUGCCUGUUCAUAUCCUUUGCCCAUUUUUUAAUUGGGUUAUUUGUCUUUUUGUAGUUGAGUUUUUGCAGUAUUAUGUAGAUUUUAGAGAUCAGACACUGAUUGGAAUCGCAGAAGCUAAAAUUUUCUUCCCAGUCUGUAGGUAAUCUUUUUACUCUUUUGGUAAAGUCUUUGGAUGAGCAUAGGUGUUUGAUUUUUAGGAGCUCCCAGUUAUUUAGUUUUUCUUCUUCAUUGUUAGUAAUGUUUUGUAUACUGUUUAUGCCACGUAUUAGGGCUCCUAGUGUUGUCCUUAUUUUUUCUUCCAUGAUCUUUAUCAUUUUAGAUUUUAUAUUUAGAUCUUUGAUCCAUUUUGAGUUAGUUUUUGUGCAUGGUGUGAGGCAUAGGUCCUGUUUCAUUUUUUUGCAGAUGGAUAUCUAGUUAUGCCAGCACCAUUUGUUAAAGAGACUGUCUUUUCCCCAUUUAACCGACUUUGGGUCUUUGUCAAAUAUCAGCUGCUCAUAUGUGGAUGGAUUUAUGUCUGCAUUCUGAAUUGUGUUCCAUUGGUCAAUGCAUCUGUUGUUGUACUAGUACCAGGCUGUUUUGACUACUGUGGCAGUAUGAUAGGUUCUAAAAUCAGGUAGAGUGAGGCCUCCCACUUUGUUCUUUUUCAGUAAUGCUUUAGUUAUCUGGGGCCUCUUUCCCUUCCAUAUGAAGUUGGUGAUUUGUUUAUCCAUCUCAUUAAAAAUAUCAUAGGAAUUUGGAUCACGAUUGUGUUGUAUCUAUAGGUCGUUUUGGCUAGAAUAGACAUUUUUGCAAUGUUGAGACUUCAAAUCCGUGAGCAAGGUAUGUUUUUCCACUUAUAUAGGUCUUUUUGGUUUCUUACAGUAGUGUCUUGUAGUUUUCUUUGUAUAAGUUUUUAUGUCUCUGGUUAGAUUUAUUCCUAAGUAUUUUAUCUUCUUGGGUGCUAUUGUAAAUGGUAUUGAUUUGGUGAUUUCCUCUUUGACAUUCUCUUUGUCAGUGCAGAGGAAUCCAACUGAUUUUUCUGUGUUUAUCUUGUAUCCUGAUACUUUGCUGAACUCUUCUAUUAGUUUCAGUAGUUUUCUUGAUUAUUCCUUAGGGUUUACUGUGUAUAAAAUCAUGUCAUCUGCAAAUAGAGAUACUUUUACUUCUUCCUUACCAAUUUGGAUGCCCUCUAUUUCUUUAUGUAGCCUAAUUGCUCUGCCUAGGACCUCCAGCACAAUGUUGAAUAAGAGUGGUGUUGAAGAGCAUCCUUGUCUGGUUCCUGUUCUUAGGGGGAAUACUUUCAGACUAUCUCCAUUUAGGAUGAUGUUGGCUAUUGGCUUUAUAUAAAUGCCCUUUAUUAUGUUGAGGAAUUUCCCUUCUAUUCCUAUUCUGCUGAGAGUUUCUUAUCAAGAAUGGGUGUUGAACUUUGCCAAAUGCCUUUUCUGCAACAACUGAAUAGAUCAUGUGGUUCUUGUCUUUUGUUUUACUUAUAUGACAGAACAGAUUACAUU